AUGGAAGGGAUGGCGGCGGUGCUGCCGUAUGCGCUGUGCACAUUGUUUAUGCUGGCGCAGUUUGAAGAACUUGUGGUGUGCGGGUUCCCAGACAUUGACAUGCUGCAACGCAUCACACAAUGCCUCCAAGACAUGAACCAAGCCCAACGCAGCUUGUUUGUGAAUUUUGUGCUCGCCCGCUCCCGACUGCCGAGGUCCAUUGAAGAGUUUACGCUUCAUUUCAAGAUUCAGCCCGCUGUCAUCAUGGGAGACGACACAAACGUACCCGGAUCACUACUUGCCCCAUUCCCAAACGUGCUUUUUCUCGCUGUGUUUGCCGCGGUAUAG